UGGAUCAAGACUGGAGGGUUGAUCGUCCAGAAAGGCCUCCCGGAACUACCAGUGACUUCGGUCACGUUUGGCCUGAGCACCAAGUAAACCUAGGGAAGACAAGGAGAGGAGGAGCAGAAAGCAAAGAUGAUCAAGACUCCAGAUUUCCACACUGCAUUGUUCAACUUCUAAAGCAAUGGGUAGUAAAUAUGCGGAGAGACAGGUGGAUUCCUGCGGCCAGAUCGCAACUCUGUUCAAGUCAUUUCACCGAGGAGAACUUGGACAGGACCGGUCAGACUGUUAGAUUAUGACAAAAUGCAGUUCCAACAACAUUUGACUUUCCUGAUCAUCUUCUAAAGGUAUGCUAGCAUUUAACUUUGAUACUACGUAGAUCCUUAUCAUAACAAAUACCUUGUGAACACUGAAAUUGGCUUGUUAUGCAUUGUAAUUUCACACUAUAGAGGUAGGAAAAAAACUUAAACUCGAGGGAAAUUUUAAGAUUUGAGUCUAGUACAUUUACUCUGUUUUAAUGGAUUUUUUGUUAAUUCGUGUUAAUUUUUAUAUCGAAACAUAAUAAAUGUAGUGAAUGAAGAUACAUGUAUGUGUAUGCGUGUGUGCUUUUUUUGGGUGCAGCAAGAUGGCCGACAAUGGCUUCAUGCGGUCAGCAGGGACGCCCCUUCCAGUAGUAUAUAGAGUUCAGUGCCGCCGACAAGCUUGUUGAUUGGUUCUUUUCGUAUCUUGCCCAUCCCAGCUGUCGCUCCGCGACUGCUCGACGUCCUCCAGGGUGUUUUGCUAGUUGGCCAGGAGUUCGCGUUCACCUCACUCUUUGUAAGUCAGGGGUCACCAACGUUUUUCCUUGUGAGAGCUACUUUUACAAAAUGAAAAUGGCCAAGAGCUACUCAUUUUUGUAACAUUUAUUUUCAGAGUUUAUUUUAAACCCAAACAAAGCGAAUAUGCUGAAUGAAAAGCAGGCUUGCGCACCUCGUGGUCGUGGGGGCUACCUGGUGCUCGUGGGCACCAUGUUGGUGACCCCUGCUGUAAGUUAAUAAGAUCUUGCCGUUUGUUCUGCCUGGGUCAUGUGAACUAAACUCAUUUGAAUAUCAGACGUUUUAUUUACUAUUUUAAUCUGUGUGCAUCCGUGUGUUUGGUAGUGACAUAAUACAAAGCAAACGUGGUGUGUAUGUUAUCGAUAUGAAGCACUUCAGUGAUGACAUCUCCAAGCUUACAAGUCACAUAUUGCACAAUACGAUGUGUUUUGAGACACUGUGUAAUCAUUUCUACCUAUAAUGACAUCCCCCCCGAUCAUGUCACCUGCAGAGUUCAAGUGUUUCCAGUGUCGACAUGCUCCUAUUUCAGUGGCCACAGUCAAAUUUGCAUUAUGAAAGACAUUGACGUAACAAUUUCAACAAUAUCUAUGCUUUACAUAUUUUUUCAGUCAGUGUUUAUGGUCCUUGAUAGUUACAAUGACUAAAACACUACUGUUACAACAAUAACAUAAAAUCAGAUGGUUAUGUUACUGUUUUCCAUAGUCAACUAGUCAAAGUUCUGAUUGCAUGCAGACUUAUUUUUUUGCUUGUAAUCUUGUUCAGAACUAUUUCACAUUAUUCGUCUGCUUUUCAUGCCCGUAUUUGUGAUCUUGUGUGGACAUGAUCUCACCAGAGACCCUAGCAGCUCAAUGAGCCCACCCAUAAAUGAUUUCACUUUCAUUUACAGUAUGUAUUCACGGCUCCACAAUAUACAGUAGAGGGAUGCUGUUUAGUAUACUGGCGUUAUUAAGGACUUAUGUGUUUGUAUGUACAUCAAUGGGGUGAGUUGGCACAGUAUAUGUGCGCGGAUUGUGUGGGCUGGUCUGGACCAAAAAGUCCAGGGCCAAAUUUUUAUCCAGUCCAGUCCAUCCCUGGACCCAGCCUAUGCGGUCGAUGAAGGCUGGGUCCUUCAUGAGAGUCCCAUGUGAAAUGGGACAGUCUAGCCCAAGUCUAACCUUCGGAACACAUCCUGGUUGUCUCACAUCUCGCGUCUCGCAAAGUAAAGAAGAAAAAAAAGAUGCAAAGACCGAACAAAAUAUGAAAUAAAGAGCCAAAGUUGUUGUUUUAUAUUUCUUUUGGGUUUUUGUGUUGCUGGCAAAAGAAGAUUUAUCUCCAGCUUAGAGUGAAACCUUGUAGUGUACAGCAUGUUUAGCCUUAAUAUUAUUUACUAGAUUGUAUAGCUUUUGUCAAUGUGCUUAUUUUAAAAAUUCAAUAGUUUUUAUAUGUAGAUUUGAGCAUUACGAGGUCCCACAAAAGGGAAGUGGAAAGGUGUGGCCCAAACUUCUAAAGAGGGAAGUGUCGCAUGAAUUAGAGCAGUAGGGGGUACUCAGUGGCAAAUGUUCCACAUUAAUGUCAUAAGAUAAUAGGCAGACCCUGUUAACAUCAGUCUAACAAAGCGUGGUUGAAAUUUGAGUUAUGUUGGUACUAAAACUACUGUACAAACUGUUGAAUGUUUCCACUUUCACCAAAUGUCUGACUUUGAAUAGCUGCAAAGUUGCCAUUGGAGUGACGCUGUUGAAAAUGUCCAGCAUGAUGGAUGCCAGGGAGCUGCUCCAGCUAUCCGCCAACCAGCGCAUCAUUGGCGGCCUGCUUGUCAACCUGCUGUCCUCCAUCUGCAUUGUCUUCAUCAACAAGUGGAUCUACGUGCACUACGGCUUCCCCAGCAUGUCCCUGACCCUCAUCCACUUUGUGGUCACCUGUCUGGGACUUUACAUUUGCCAAAAGAUGGACAUUUUCUCCCCCAAAAGCCUCCCGCUGAGCCAGAUUGUGUGGCUAGCACUGAGCUUCUGCGGCUUUGUGGCCUUCACCAAUCUGUCUCUGCAGAACAACUCCAUUGGUACAUACCAGCUGGCCAAAGCCAUGACCACGCCCGUCAUUAUCCUCAUCCAGACCACCUACUACAGGAAGACCUUCUCCACUAAGAUUAAACUCACCCUGGUGCCAAUAACAUUAGGUGUGAUUUUGAACCUGUAUUAUGACGUGCGCUUCAAUGCGCUGGGCACCGUUUUUGCCACGCUUGGUGUCCUAGUGACGUCCCUCUACCAAGUGUGGGUGGGAGCAAAGCAACAUGAGCUCCAGGUCAACUCCAUGCAGCUUCUUUACUACCAGGCUCCUCUCUCAUCAGGCUUCCUGCUUUGUGUUGUUCCGUUUUUUGAGCCCCUGACUGGAGAUGGGGGAAUAUUUGGACCCUGGUCGCUUCCUGCUCUGUUGACGGUGUUUUUCUCUGGAUUGGUGGCAUUCCUGGUCAACCUGUCCAUCUACUGGAUAAUUGGAAACACGUCGGCUGUUACCUACAACAUAUUCGGUCACUUCAAAUUCUGCAUCACUCUCAUUGGAGGAUACGUGCUUUUCCAGGAGCCGCUGUCGCUCAACCAGGCUAUGGGGAUCCUCUGUACUGUGGUGGGAAUCCUGUCUUACACUCACAUCAAGCUGGUGGAGCAGCAGGGAAAGAGUUGCUUGGCUCAGAGACCAUAGGCUGACUGAGCUGUCAAUCAUCUGCAUGACUCUCAAUGAGGGACUUUUUAUAUGAAUCUUUAUUUUAUGAGAUUUUUUUUUAUACAAGGACAAGGAUGCUGACCAUUUUAAAUCUCCUCCCAUGGUGCUUUGCUCCAGAAGACUGAAAUUAGGACUGCCUCAGAAGGCCGCCAUGUUCCAAAGACACAAAAUAGCAGCUGUAACCCAGGGCAGAAGUCUUCAAAUGGAAGCAGUUAUGAAGGCAUCAAGCUGUAAAGUUUGUUCUUUUGCUGUUUCACAAUUGACUUGGGUAGAAAACAUUAUCACGUUUGUCGUUCCUGUUUUCACAUAAUAAAUGCACUCUUAAAUGUUA